UAACAUAAGUAUAGUUUACUUAAAUACAUAUAUUAUAAUCACAUUAUAUAUAAAUUAUUAUUUAUAAAUAUUCUCUAAAUAACUUAUUUUAAAAGAAAUUAAAAGCCGAUUUAAAAAAAACAACAAAAUUUUCAACAUAAAUAUAAAAAAUUAGAAAGAGAAACGAUAACAAGAACAAAUGUUCGAUAACUGAUUAUUAAGAGAACAACUUGUAAUUAGCAAUAGAGAAUAUUGUAUAUCAGCUGAAUAUAGAAGAGAAAAAAAUAAUAAACAACAAAAAUAGAAUACAACAAUGAACAUGAUUAAAAUAAUAACGGCAACAUUAAAAUAAAAGGAGAAAAUAUUUGAAAAAAAAAACUCUUCCUGUUUCGUUUUUUCGUUAAGAAUAUUUUAAGUGCGUAAACGAAAAAUCGUACGAUAGUCAAUUUUUUUUUUUAAAUGCUUUACUUUUACCUACUACACUAGGAAAUUCAACGGAAUAUUUAAAAAAUGGUUUUAGUUUUAAAUGGUGUCCUACAGGACGAUUGUCCAAUGGAUACAACAACAUUAUUUUUACAACAUCCAGUAUAUAGAGAAUAUGCAUCACAAUUAUUAGCAAUACCAACAAAAACAGUUGGACCAAUGGGUCUAUUAUAUGUUGGACAAAGAGAAAUGGCAGCUGUUGCACCACAUGAUAAAAAUGUUAAUAUAAUUGGUUCAGAAGAUGCAACAACAUGUUUAAUUGUUGUUGUUAGACAUUCUGGUUCUGGUGCUGUUGCAUUAGCACAUUUAGAUGGUAAUGGUAUUGAUGAAGCUGUUACAACAAUGGUUGCCAGAGUACAAGAAUUAGCAUUAGGCUAUCCAGAAGGAAGAAUUGAAUUACAAUUAAUUGGUGGUUUUAGAGAUCAACAAGGAUAUGCAGAGGAUAUAUUUUAUAGUGUAAUGCAAUCAUUUCAUAAGCAUCAUUUAGAAAUUGAUUUAACACAAGCAUGUGUUGGUGAAUUAAAUACAAUAUUACGUGGAGAUAUACAUUGGCCAAUAAUAUAUGGUGUUGGUGUUAAUAUAAAAACAGGUGAAAUAUUUCCAGCUUCAUUUCCAGAUCGAGGUCCUGAUCAACAGCUAAGAAUAGCUAGAAAUUUUACUGGUGCUCAUAGUGUCUUGGAUAUUUAUGAUUCAACAUUAGGUAUGUUAAGAAUUGGACCAUUUAAUUAUGAUCCAUUACGUGGUGUUGAUUUAUGGUUAGCGCAAAGUGAUGAAUUUUUAUUAAAACAUUUAUCAACAAGUCCGGAUGUUGAACCGCCACAUUUUGCAAUGAUGCUACGAUCAGCCCUACAAUAUAUACAAGAAAAUCAAUUUCCUGCUAUAACAGUUUUCCGAGAUAAUCGACCUCAUUAUUAUCGUCGUGAUGAGACAACCGGUUAUUGGGUACCAGUACGCUAUUGAAAUUACUACACACAAGACACAAACAACCCCGGAUACAAAAUCAGAAAUGGAAAAAUAUUCAAAAAAAAAAAAAAAAAAAAAACAUUUUUUUUUUUUUUUCAAAAA